AUGCCAGUGAGCUUCCUUAGCCUUCCCGCUGAACUCCGCAACGAGAUAUACAUAUAUCUCCUAGUACGCACAGAGCCUAUUGACCCUGGGCAUGGAGAUCAUGAGCUGGUACCCAAUCUUCUCUCCACAAACUCGGCAAUCUUACACGAGGCUACGUCGCUACUCUAUGGCCAUAACCGCUUUGACCUUACCCUCUCGACUUGGAAUUCCGAACUUACAUCCCAAUUUUUUGAUACUAUUGGCUUUGUCAACUCGUCUCACCUUCGGUGUAUCCGCAUCGACUUUCCUGGACUUCGUGAUCUUGAAGAGGACAUCAGCCUGGAAGAAGACAGCCUUCAUAUCCUGGAAAAGAUACAGUCACACUGUACCAAUCUAAAAACGCUCAUAGUAGCAUCAGAAAGCACCAGUAUAAUGGAAAACCGGCUAGAUUCUUUGGACAGCCCUACAAUUUGUGCCAAGGCAUUAGCACUGGUUGCUGCUCGCUUCAAAACAAUCUCAUCUCUCCAGGAAAUCAUUGUCGAGGUUUAUGAGGAACGUCCAAGCUCAGAUAUCAGAAGGAAAAUGGAGAGUCAUGGAUGGAUACUUAAUGUGGUGGAGCCAGUUGAAGAAGAGGAGUGGAACAACGACAGAACUUGGGAUGAUGUUGAAGAUGACGAGUCUCUUUAUGAUGAUUACGAUGAUGAUGAUUACGAUGAUGAUGACUACGAUAUUGACAAUGAUAGUGACUUUUGGAGAAGGGCGGCAGAUUAA